UCAUCUGACCGCUUUUUGCAGUAUCGGUUGCUCCUUUCCGGACUGUACCCAGUAGAAUUCCGGGACUUUUUUCUGGGCGAUAUCUGGUGCUCGUUGACUUACGCAACCUGCGUACGUAGCCAUAACCCCCAAUCUCUGCUUGAUUGGUUUGAGUGACUGACGUCCUGCAGAACAUCGAGCUCUUCUUCUGCCUGUACGCAACCAGCUGGGAUGACCCGCAACGUUGCAACUCGUCACAUUCUCGCCUUCUCGGCUUUUUUGGCGCGCUCCCCCCGAUAUGGCGUGCCUUACAAUGCAUCAGGCGUUACCAUGACACGCGAAAUGUAUUCCCGCACCUUGUCAACUGCGGGAAGUACACCAUGACGAUCCUGACGGCUGUCUGGCUCAGCCUGUACCGCAUAGGGGACACCCAGACCAACUUGAGCUUGUACAUUGCGCUCGCCACCAUCAACGCGGUAUAUUGCUCAAUCUGGGACCUCUUCAUGGACUUCUCCGUCUUGCAAGGCAACGCCCGGCAUAGACUGCUCCGCGACAUCACGGCGCUCCGCCCGGUGUGGAUCUACUACCUCAUCAUGGUGAUCGACCCCAUCCUGCGCUUCUCCUGGAUCUUCUACGCCAUCUUCACGCACGACGCGCAGCACAGCACCAUCGUGUCCUUCAUGGUGUCCCUCGCCGAGGUCGUGCGCCGCGGCCUGUGGACCCUCCUGCGCGUGGAGAACGAGCACUGCGCCAACGUGGCCCAGUACAAAGCCUCCCGCGACACGCCUCUGCCCUACCACCUUGAGAACUUCGUCCAGCGGCCCAGCCUUGAGGAAGCAGCCGCCACGACCACAGCGUCGCUGCAUCACACCCCGUCAGCCAUGGACGGCGGCCCCGCCCCUCCUACCACCCCGAAGACUCCGCGUACCGUCCCACCACAAACACCAGGCACUGCUUCUUCCCAGCGCCAUGGCCCCGUCCCGACGCCGCUGAGCGAAGCCGCGGUGGAAGUAUCCGCGCCCGCAAUGCCAACCACGACGACGACCGGCGCCGCUACUACGGCUCUGGAAGGUGGCGCAGGGGGGCCAGGCACAUUCAGGCGACGGCGGACCGACACGCUCGGGAAGAGGUCCAUCUUGCAGGCCAUGGCGGAGGCGCACAAGCAGGACUUUGAGAAGAGGCGGGUGCCAGCUGGGGAGGAGAGGAAGGACUCGCCGCUUGGCGGGGAUGAGGAGGAGGAUGACGACGAGGAGGAGGAGGAGGAGGAGUUGAAGAGUGAGGAGGAGAGGAUUGAAGAAGAAGAGGACGAGGAGGCGGAUACUAGUAAUGACAGUAGAGAGGGGCCACGUCGCGGUGGAUUGCGGAGGAUGGGGACUAGAGGGGCGAGGGAGGGAUCGGGGGACAGGGGGUUGAUGCCCGGUGGUGGUAGUGGUGGUCAUAAAGGGCCGGAUGAUACCUAUCAAAAGAGCUGGGAAUGAUGGGAUUUAUUAUUGGAUGAAGUAAUGACACCUUCGAUAGAUGGGAUGGCGCGGAGUUAUGGAGGGUGCAAUGUUUCUUGAUAUGAUUUGGAGAUUUGCUGGGUGGACAGGGGUGUGUUGGAUACUAGAUGCUACAUACAAUUUAAUGGCCCUCUUGACCACUCUAUAUAAUGUCUAUGCCACCACGCAACACCCAUGAUUUGGCCAGGGUAUCUCUCCUCUACACAACACGCUCAACCAAUAAUGCCAGGCUUAGUAAAUCCCUCUUCUAUCAACAUUCUUCAAACAACCAAAUAUAUUAAUAAGCCCUU